CCCAUCCAUUCUAUGAAGAUUCACCAACAUUAUGGAACCCAUAAACCAAACAGCUGUUUUAGAGUUCUUUCUCCUUGGACUGACAGAUGACCCAGAACUGCAGGCCCUCAUCUUCAGCCUGUUCCUGGCCAUGUACCUGGUCACCAUCCUGGGGAACCUGCUCAUCAUCCUGACUAUCAGCUCUGACUCACACCUGCACACCCCCAUGUACUUCUUCCUCUCCAACCUGUCCUUCACUGACAUUUGUAUAAGCACCACCACGAUCCCUAAGAUGCUUGUGAGCAUCCAAACACACGACCAUAGCAUCUCUUACACAGGCUGCCUCUCUCAGAUCUGCUUUGUCUUGACUUUUGGUGCUUUAGAAAAUUGUCUCCUUGCAGUGAUGGCCUAUGACCUCUAUGUGGCCAUUUGUCACCCACUGAGGUACACAACCAUUUUAAACCAACACCUGUGUGUCCUGCUGGUUCUACUCUCCAUGAUCAUUACCAUCGUGAGUGCCCUGCUUCACAGUCCAAUGGUGCUGCGGCUGUCCUUCUGCACAGACCUGGAAAUCCCACACUUUUUCUGUGAACUUGUUCAGGUCAUCAAGCUCUCCCGUUCUGAUACCUUCAUCAAUAACCUUUUGGUAUAUUUGGUGACUACCCUAUUUGCUGGUGUUCCUGUUUUGGGGAUAACUUUCUCUUAUACUCAAAUUAUCUCCUCCAUUUUGAAGAUUCCAUCAGGAGGUGGAAGGUAUAAAGCAUUUUCCACCUGUGGGUCUCACCUCUCGGUUGUGUCCCUGUUCUAUGGGACAAUUUUUGGAGUCUACAUGAGUUCUGCUAUCAGCGACUCUUCCAUUAAGAACAUAGUUGCUUCAAUGAUGUAUAUUGUGAUCCCUCAAAUGCUAAACCCUUUUAUUUAUAGUUUGAGAAACAGAGAAAUACAAGGAGCUUUGACACAGCUCUUUAGGAGGAUAUCUUUUCUUUGA